GCUGGGACACGGGGACAGAGAGACGCUGGGACACGGGGACAGAGAGACACUGGGACACGGAGACAGAGAGACGCCCUCGCUCAUCCCGUCCGGCGAGCCACUCGCCAACCUCCUGCCCACCGAGGAGCAAGUGGAGGAGGUGAAGACGAAGGAGGAGCAGGGGAGGGGGCGUCACGUGGUGCCGUUCAGCGUGAGGUUCAGCAACCUCGACUUCUCGGAGGAGGAGCUGCGCGACGAGCGGUCGGCGGCGCACCACACCCUGCGUCUACAGAUGCAAAAGGGGUUCCAGAAAGUGCCGGGAUUCAAGGAGCUGAGAGUGACGGGCUUCAGGAAGAGGAAACGACCCACGGGGUCUCGGGGCAGCUCGGUGGUGGUCCGCUAUGAGGCGGAGUUUGAGGAUGGAGUGGCGGAGAGUGAUUGGACAGAACGAGGAGGAGGGCUGCUGCAGGGAAACUUGGUCACCUCAGCCACAGGUGCCGGAGAGGCGAACCCCAGACGGGAGUCGAACCGGGACUGGAGGAAGGUAGUGGCCGCGGCACUGAGUGACCGCACGCUGACGGGAGCGGAUGCCAGCCAAGACCUCCAGGCGGCUGCGCUGCUAAAGCUGAGCGAAGCGAUCGCAGAGGGCAGCGGCCUUGAGCCCGGCGAAUAUUCGGUGGUGGGUUUCUCGGACGGCGUGGAAAAAGAUGAUGGCGGCGGCGGCGGUGGCGGUGGGGCGAUGACCGCGACUGAAGCAUCUCCCGUCCAGACAACUCCGCAGCACGAUCAGCAGGAGCAUCAACAGGAGGAUGUUGAGCAAGAACAGUCAGCGAUGGAAGACUCUGUCCAGACGACCGGGACAGCCGCGGAGACACAGACGGACGUGGAGGAGGUGGAGAAUGAGGAGGAGGAGGCCAGCGCCGAGAUUGAAACGGGAGAGGAAUCCGCCGCAGACGACGACGUUGUGGUGUUGGAGGCGCACCUGAUGCCCUCAUCGCUCGAGGAGGAGACGGCGAACGGCAGACCCGGCGCUUCUUACCACCACCGCGAUGAGCACCAAGACCACCAGCACGACGACCACCUCCACUUCCUCCACGAAGUUCCGCUCGACGGAGACGCCCUCGCCGGAUCAACGGAGGGAGGUCACGACCCCGAGACUGUGAUGGCGGAGGCGGUGGUCGACGAAGCAGCAGCGGCAGAGGAGGAGGAGGAGGCGGAGGAGAUUCUGGGCGGAGAGUCGAGCGGAGAUGAGGUGGCGAUGUCAGUGGGAGGAGGAGGAGGAGGUGGUGGCGACGACCCCGGAUAUCACCUGGGAACAUCGGCAGAAGUUGAGGCGGACGUCGUAGUGGUGGUCGUGGCGGAUGAGGGCGCGGCCGGAACCCCGGGUGGACCCGGCGAGGGUGGUGGAGCCACGGAGUUGGCGGGAGAUGAGAGCGGAGGCGAUGGUGGAGAUGGUCGCGGCGAGGGUGGCGGUGAUGAGGGUGGCGAGGGUAGCGGUGGCGACGGUGGCCAGGGCGGCGAGGCCGAGGAGGGUACCCAGGGUGGCGAGGGUGGUGACAAUGGAGAGCGUGGAGACGGUGAAGGCGUUGGCAAGGGUGGCCAAGGUGGCGAGGUUGGCACGGCGGAGGAAGCGGGCGACGAGGGCGUCGAGAGCUUGGAUGAGGCCCAGGCAGUGCAGUGGGACGACCGCUGGGCCGGGCCUCUGAUGACCUCGCCGGCGGUGGCCGUGUCAGGGUCGCGGGACCUCAUCGUCUUCUUCAGCCUCCGCGUCACCAACAUGGCCUUCUCGGAGGACCUCUUUAACAAGAGCUCCUCCGAGUACCGAGCCCUCGAGCAGAACUUCCUCGAGCUGCUUGUCCCGUACCUGCAGUCGAACCUCUCGGGCUUCCAGAACAUGGAGAUCAUGAACUUCCGCAACGGCAGCGUGGUGGUCAACAGCCGCAUGAAGUUCGCCCACCACGUGCCCAACAACGUGACGCGCGCCGUUCAUGUCAUCCUGGAGCGCUUCUGCAAUGCCGCCUACCAGCACAUGAACAUGGAGAUCGACCGGCAGUCACUGGACGUCGAAUCCGGCGACCAGGCGGACCCGUGCAAAUUCGAGGCGUGCAACGACUUCUCGGACUGCCUGCCGAACCGCUGGUCGGGCGAGGCGGAGUGCGUCUGCCGCCCGGGCUACGCCAGCGUGGGCGGCCUGCCCUGCCAGAGCCUCUGCGACCUCGACCCCUCCUACUGCCUGCACGACGGCAAGUGUGACGUCGUCGACGGGCAGGGCGCCAUCUGCAGGUGCCGUGUGGGAGAGAAUUGGUGGUACCGUGGCGAACGCUGCCAGGAGUUUGUGUCCGAGCCGCUGGUGGUGGGCAUCUCCCUCGCGUCCGUCGCCGGCUUCCUGCUCGUCUGCUCGGCCAUCGUGUUCGUGGUGGCGCGCGCACUCAGGGGCUCACGGAGAGACAAGGGGGAGGAGAGAGGUGGAGGAGGUGGCAGCUCGUCAUUCAGCUCGGGUGAUUGCGGCGGGAGCCUUUCGACGUCGCCGGAGGACGCGGUGAAGUACAACCCGGCGUACGAGAGCGACGCUCCCACCACGACGCGCUACCAGCAACGGCGCUCGCCGCCUUCAGCCCCCUCCCUACUGGCGAGCGUCAACGACGUGGGCAGCUCCAGCAGCGAACCCUCGCACAUUUACCAGCACGCUGAGCUCACACGGGAGGAGAUUGAGGAGAGGAUGAGGAUCGUGGAUCUGUACGCCCUGGACAAACACCGGACGACUCAGCUCAAGAAGCAGAUCAAAUGGCAGCAGCAGCAGCAGCAAAGCAGCAGCAGCAGCAGCGGCGGAGCCAAAGGAGGAACUUCUGGGCAUGACGGAUGAGGGCAGACGGGGAGAGCCAAACGGGAGAAUGGCCUCGACCAAGGCCACUGUGCAGCCUGCUGAAGAUUCGAGCUGCACAUUCAUGGCACACACACACAUACACGCAUCGCACACUGGUGUAUACGCCACACACACAGGCGCACACACACUCACUCACGCAUUCGCUACACAGACACGUACGGUUCAUUCUCCUAUAACGCUCGUGUGUUCGCAACGCGAAUUGGAUAUAUAUGUGUAACGCGAUCGAGCUGAACGGAACUGCGUCGCGCGCCAGUAGGAUAUAAGCGGUGUAUCAUCAUAAUCUGAGACAUUGGGAUGCAGUUGGAUACCUCUAGUCCAUCCUACCCGCACACACGGGGCCUCUCAGUCGUUGUUUUAGCCUUUGCUACACAUCAUCUCACACGUUAUCGCUGACCGUGCUUUACUAUACGCUAUUUAUUAGCCAUCGUAACGCGAUCUGGCAGAACGGAGCUACGUUUUACGUGCCAGUAGGAAUAAGCGGUGGGUCUGUAACGGCUGCUUGCCUCCGCGUAGUGGCAGCUGCAUCAGCCAAGGCUGGGGAUGCAGCUGGAUACCUCUAGCAGAUGCCACACACACACUCACUCACGUUCGGUCUUUGUCUCGUGCGUUAACGCGAACUGUGCUUUGCCCCCUAAUAAUUAUAUGACGUUAUUUAUUUUAACGAAUUUAAUACGUGUAACGCGAUUGAGUGGAAAUGGAACGAUGUUGCGAGCGAGUAGGAAUAUGCGGUGGUUGUAACGGCCGUUGCCGCGGUGGAGGAUCCUCAUCAUCAUCAUCAUCUCACAACAGGGCAUUGGGAUGCUGCUGGAUGCUUCUAGAUGAUGCUACCCACCAGGAAACCCUUAAUUCUAUGAAACGUUAGUUACCUCACCUGGUAUAAAGGAGGUUGUGGGUUCGAUCAGGACCCUGAUGCCUGUGUGCAUCUCCCUCUCUCUCCCCGUGGUCUCGAGGAUUUCUACCCCUGGUCCUCCGGUUUUUCCGCCCCAAAUUUUGAAUAAACAUCAUCACGUGUUCAGACUAUUUUGUCGGUGAUGAUGAUGACGACGAUGACGACGAUGAUGAUGACGAUGAUGAUAAGCCCACUUGGUUGAGCUAUCCUUUGCGAAUUUGCCACGUCGCUUCUGAUAAAAAGCUGCACACCUCAGUAGUGGACCUCGCCUGGUAACAAUAAAAAGAGUUUAGCUUGUA